UGGAGGAAGACGUUAAGAAAUAAACCGGCAAAAUAGCGACGAGUUUCAUGAGAUUGCAUACAGACACGUACGUGGAAUUAUGCAUUAAUGGAUGACAUCUGGCAAUUGACUGGUGAAAAUGGCUUCACGAGCAAAGAGUCGUGCACAGACAGGCCGGGAGAGGCAUUCAUUUACAGUCAAUGUGAGACUGUACACAGGAGAAAUAUUCCCCCUAAAAAACAUAAGUGGUGACAUGAAAAUAUCUGACUUGAAGCAAUAUAUGGAAUUUGCAACAGGAAUACCAAUCCAUAUGCAGAGGAUAAGCUAUUUAGAUGAUGGUGACCUGCUUGACAAAUCUGAUAUACGAUCCAAUGACAUAGUGCCGAAUGCAACAUUGAAUCUAAAUGUCUGGCCAAUGUGGAAAGAAUUGAUAGAUGCAGCAUCAUCAAAUGAUGCAGAUUGGGUGUUCAGUUUAGGGGUCACAAAUCCUACAACAUACAAAACGCCACAGAGUGAUUACAUGACCAAACGAGCGAGAAAGAUUUGGUUAGAGGAGCGAGCCUUCCUUGCGCUGUUCAUAGCGGCUCACAGAGGUCAUGAUAAACUAGUUCAACAAUUAAUUGAUUGUGGUGCUGAUGUAAAUGCCUGCACGCCCCUAGGCAGAACAGCACUCCAUGUGGCUGCAGCUCAGGGCCGAGGACACAUAGUCGAUGUUCUCCUUGAAAAAGGAGCAGACAUUGAUGCUGAAGAUGAAGAUGGUGCCACUGCUUUGUCUAUAGCAGCAAAAUUUGGUCAUAAAAGUUGUGAACGACAUUUGUUCCUAUUUCGGUGGCAAGAGCGUGCAAAGCGAAUUCAGAAAAGUGACGAUCCUGAUCGAAUGGCUCAUCAGUAUUUUGAUUCAGCUUUUCCUGUGUGGAUGAAAGGGGGGCAGUGUCAACUGUAUUUCACAAACAUUCUACCACCAGGUGAAUAUGAAGGGACGGGACUCUGUUCACCUCUAAAACGACCAACCAGUUCUUCCAUGCCUGGGGCGGGUUACUAUAGAAAUGGUUCAGAUGAAGACUUUGAGACAGAUGCUGAUGGAGCUUACAUUCCAAAAGGAGGAAUGAGGCUGCCUGCAAUACGAGAGGAAAGGGCGAAGAAGUCAGGAAAGAAACAAAUCAGUUAUAAAGAUUGGUUGGGAAAGAAGACAUCUGUAGAACAAAAAGUAAUAGAUGCCAAAAAGAAAGAAGAAGACAAGAAGAGAUUAGAGGAGGAAGAUCAAAGCAGUUUUGAAAAAGAUUUGGAGAAGCGAAUGGAGGCAGAGAAAAGUCAGUCCUAUGAGACGUGGCUUGCACAGCGAGAAAAAGAGAAAACUACUUCAGAUAACCUACCACCUCGAACAACCAAAGAGCCUGCCCCUCCGGUACAUGUAGACAAAGGCCCCGGCUACCUUCGGUCCUAUCUAAGGUCUCUUGGAAAGACAAAAACGGGUGACACUUACGAGGACUGGCUUAAUCACAAAGAGAAACAAUUAGGUUUAGCUAAAAGUCCCGGUAGACCAAACUCAAAAAUGCCUGUCUCGACGUACUAGACAAACCAACAGUAGGAAUAUUCAAAUGCUAUCAAAAGUCGUAUAGAUGUACAGUGUGUUAGAGGAGUGUGACAACCACCUCGGUCCAAACAGGUUUGAAAAAAAUGUGACCCCCCUUCGGUCCAAACAGGUUUGAAAAAUGAUGUGAUGUCCACUUUUGUCCAGACAGGUUUGCUAAAGGAGGUGACGCCAUUUCGGUCCAGAAAGGUUUGAUGAAGGAUUUGGACAAAAAUGUUCAAAUAAAUUAUUUCUAGUCAUCAAACAAAACGUUUGCAACAUUUAUGUUUUUGUUCGGUUAAUAUUUACUAUUUUGGAACUUGCAAAUAUACCCCUCUGAGGUUUAAAUUACAUUCAAAUCUUGUUUUUAUCUAGUGUAUCGGAUGCUUAGAAUAUUUAACAAGACAGCUAGAUCAAGCAUGCAACUGAAAAAGUGAGUCAAAAUCUAGAUGCUUAUUGCUUGCAGAAGUUUUUUACAGGUUCUAAAAAUGACCAAUUCGGAAGCCAUUUGAAUAUUACACAAUAUGUGUACUUUUUACACUCUAUAUUCAAUGCUAAAGUUUGCUCCCCGAUAUGUAUCACUGAAAGUGUCAUUUAAUCAUCAUAGCAAGUUAGUCUUGCUAUGCAACUUUGAAAUGUUCUGUUUUUUGAAAUUUUUCAAAAAUGCACAUAAAACAAACAGUUGAAUAGAGGAAUGUUUUUAUUUCUCAGAGGAGGACAUCCUUUAACAAAUGAUGUCGGCAAUUUUGAUAAGGAAGAUUGUUAGAAAGCAGAUUCGUUGUUGAAAAUAUGACAUAAAGCAAAAAUGAAUAUCAUAAUUAUACUAGUUAGUUCUGGCUUCCUGAAACUCCUUGUAAAAUACGUAUCCUUUUAGUAGGUCAGCCUGAAACUCCUUGUAAAAUAGUAUCCUUUGGAAGGUCAGGGUUCCUGAAACUCCCUGUAAGAUACGUAUCCUUUGGUAGGCCAGGGUUCCUAAAACUCACUGUAAGAAACGUAUUCUUUGGUAGGCCAGCGUUCCUGAAACUCACUGUAAGAUACGUAUCCUUUGGUAGGCCAGGGUUCCUGAAACUCACUGUAAGAUACGUAUCCUUUGGUAGGCCAUGAAAUUAUCAGGAUAUCUCACUGAGAUUCGCAACAAAACUUUGAAAUGAUUGAAAAAAGGGCAAACAUGAUGGAAAUAGUGAAAACAUUUGAAGCUUGCGAUCAUUUCAUGCGUGUUCAUUUAUCUGAUUUAUGUAUUGGAACAAUGAUUCUUCUAUGAUAUCCUUAUACAAUAGAGACAUUCAAAUUGAAUGGAAUAGCUGAUAAUAAAUAUAUUUGAAUGGAUUCUAUUGAUUUUUGUCCUACUAGUUGUAUAGUUUCUGCUGUAUCAUAUCGAUGAACUAGUCAUUUUUCUAAUUUCUAUCUUUCAUAUAUAUUCAACGUUACAUGUUGUUGAUUGCGUGUUAUUUUUGCGUAAACUCCUGUUUUCUCAGAUUUUAUUUUUUAUAAGAACUGCCAGUGUAUGACGUGGUCAGUGUUAGACAAGUCUGAUAAGCUUUCUCAUGAUGUUUAUCUUGAUCUGUGAAUUCAGUAGAAACAGAUAUUUGCGAUUGUGAUAGCACAAGGUAUUGCUGUAUAACGUAAAGGUCUUGAACAUGUUCGUAUGAAAAGGCGAACUUUCGGCAGUUACGCCAUUUACGAUCUGGUAUUGGAAACGAUAUAAUAGGUUCCUGUAUAGUCUAUGUUAUGUUAUUACAUUAGAAUCUCCAUGUGUGCCUUUAUAUUUAUAUGGUUCCUGUGAAAAUGGUUUGUUGUAUAAAGUCUUACACGAUUUAAACUCUGUACAUUGUUGUAUUCUGUACAAGAUGUUAACUCUACAUUGUAUGUACGGUAUGCUAUUAACGUUGUUUCUCCAGGUACUACAGACCACCUAGGGCUAAUGUCGUCUUUGUUAGCUAAUGCGUAUCUCGGUAGUGUCAAAGACUGACAUUCUGGCGGAUAUUCAUCCUCAUUUCACUUGUCUUGCUUCAGCUUAGUACCGAGUUGGCCAGUUAUUCCUUAAAGUCUUUAACGAAUAUAUGAUAUUCUUUCUUUCUGUUAACAUCCGAUACAACCCCGUAUAAACGUCAAAUUGUAUGUUAGACCGUGGCAGAUGUACGUUUAAUUUAACGCCGUACGGAUAAUUUUACUAGUUGGUCGCAAAUCCAUAUGAAAGUGGGUUUUUUUUCAAAUGAAUUUAUAUAUAUAUAUUUUUUCCCCUUUGAAUUCAGCGAGAAAUAAUGAAAAUGCAGUACGACUUUCUGUUGAAGGUUAAUAAAAUUCUCGCCAGAUCAUUAGCCAAUAAGACGAUUGAUUCUCAUUGCUAUCUGAACUGGUAAAUGAACAUGUUUCACUGCUUCAGGCUCACGGGUUAUUUAUAUAAAUAAUUUCAUAGUGUAUAAAUACAUCAUUUGGCACGACAUCGCAUCGCGUUUUACAUCAAAUCUUUUCUCGAGAUGUCAAAUCAUGCGUUUUAUAGAAGGAAAAGGCUGUUUUAUAUCCAGAUUCAGUCAUCACUCUCGUUGAAUUUCUCUUAUACAGUAUGUUCUUAAUGUUAUAUUAUUUUCUAGAAAAAAUAUCUUUCUUAUCUUUGGCUUAACAAAAGGGAUACUAAACAGUAGUUUCAAUUAACCGUUUUAUUUAAAUGAUAACAGUUAAGCUGGUGAAAUGUUUGCUUAAAUGUAUCGUUAAGAUUAUAGUAAUCCCAAUUCAUCUGCUUAUGUUGCCCCGUCCACACAUUUCUUA